UAAAGUCAUGCUUCCUCAUAUGUGCGCGGGUGUCUGAGGUCUUUGGAUUUCCUUGUUGUAGUAUUAUUAUUAUUGUGCCCAGUGUUGACAUUUUUAACCGACCCGAGCUCGUCCGAUGAGGGGCGGCGGGUGGUUCCUGGUUGCAGCCGUGAGCCUGGUGUUUCCCCCCCUGCGCUGCCAGAACCGGAGCCGGGAGGAGACGCGCACUGAGUUUCCCCGCUCCGCUGCGGCUGAGGCGGACUUCUGCUCUUUCAGAGAAAAGUUUCACCGCAACUAUGAGCUCAACACGGAGGAAUUUAAUCGUCGUCAUCUCUAUUUUCAGGAUGCUAUAAAAAGGGCCGCAUACCUGAACUCGUUUCCUGCAGCCCCGCACUCUGCCAAGUAUGGCAUCAAUCAGUUCUCUGACCUAUCGCUCAAUGAAUUCAGAGAUCUCUACCUGCGAGCCAGCGCUGACAAGGCCCCUCCCUACUCCGGAGAGAAGAGAGAGGGGCUGCCAGCUAAAUUUGACUGGAGGGACGAGGGGGUGCUGGCCCCCGUCCAGAAUCAACAAGCAUGUGGGAGCUGCUGGGCGUUCAGUGUGGUUGAAGCCAUCCAAGCCGCUCACGCUAGAGCCGGCUCUCCGCUGGAGCAGCUCAGUGUGCAGCAGGUUCUGGACUGCUCCUUCCGAAACCAGGGCUGCAGUGGAGGCUCCACAGUCUGGGCCCUGAGCUGGUUAAACCAGACCAGAGUGAAACUGGUGCCACAGUCAGAAUACCCAUAUAAAGCCAAGACAGGGAUCUGCCAUUUUUUCUCCCAGUCACACGGUGGGGUUGCCUUGAAGGAUUUUGCUGCACAUGACUUCAGUGGUCAAGAGGAGGCCAUGAUGGGCCAGCUGGUGAGCUGUGGACCGCUUGCCGUCACUGUGGAUGCCAUCAGCUGGCAGGACUAUCUGGGUGGAAUCAUCCAGCACCACUGCUCCAGUCAGCACGCCAACCAUGCCAUCCUGCUCAUUGGAUAUGACACUACUGGGGAUAUUCCAUACUGGAUACUGCAGAAUACCUGGGGAACUAAAUGGGGGAAUGAGGGCUAUGCUUAUGUUAAAAUAGGGGGCAACAUUUGUGGUAUUGCAGAUUCUGUGGCAGCUGUUUUUCUUUGAGUGCACUGUGUGUAUAGAUUAUGUGUAUGUGUGUGUGUGUGUGUGUGUGUUUGUAUGUGUGUGUGGGUUUCCUGCUGCCAAAAUUUAAAUCAUCCAUCAUUUAAAUCAUCAUUUGUUUGCCUUCGAGUGUCACUGUAAAUAAUGUGUUUAUUGAAACAUUACCAUGUUACACGGGUGUCAUAAAAUAAAUCACUUUUUGUGCUGA